GAGACGCAGGAGGUGGAAAGGGAAAGAGAGCGUUUGGGGAGCUCAGCGCAGCCGGCUGACUGGCCUCGCCCUGCGCCGCGGCCCCCGCAGCCCUAGAGUCGCCCGCCCCGCGGCUGCUGCCGCACCGAUGCGCUGUCCGCGGUGCUGACGCCGGCGCCCCGUUCAGUGGAGGGGGUGGAGACGCCCUCGUUCCUGUCGCCCCGACGCCUUCCCAAGCGGGAUCACCCCCACUCCUUCCAAAGCAGGACAAUUUCCUCAAAGGAACUCUCCGAGACCUAGCACUGCGGAUGGAUCCAGGAAGAAGCGAGCGAGUGGGAAGUUAAACUUCGGAUCGGAGCCCGAGAACCCGGUGCCAGGAGACGCGAGUCUGGCGGCCCCCAGCCCCUGAGACCCGAGGGCGCCAUCAAAUUGAGCAAAGUUUGGCUGCAGCUUGGAGAUAAGGGAAGGAUUCUGGAGCAGAGGCGCAGUGAGGGGCCGGACCGGGUUCCCUGGCGGGGUGGUAGCAAGCCCCACAUCCCGACGCCUGCUUCGAUGCCCGCAUUAGUGGAUCCGGGACGACUGGGAGGCGGGAGGCGUAGCGGCAGCCCAGCUCCCCACUCCUUUCCUCCCUUCCCGACUCCCCCCACCCCCACUCCAACUCCCCGCCCCGGGCGCUGGUGACUCCGCCUCUCCGUGCCCGGCGGCUCUCCCGCUGGAGCUGGAACGAGUGCGCUUCCCCGGACUCAGCUCGCUUCUGAGGCUCCGAAGCCGACGCCGCUAGCUCAGGCCCGGGGGCGGGAGCUGGACUGCCCGCGCAGCCUGCGCCUGCAAGCUGCCAACUCUGGAGCCCCUCAUGGGACGCCCCCAGGGGCUCUGUUCGUGCCCUGCUGCCCAGUCCCAGUCCUAGGCGCCCCGGCUCACAGCCCGCCCGCCCGCAGCCCGCGGCCUGACUGGACAGGAGUAUGAGGCCCGGGGCCCCGCGGACGCGGGCCACUGGGCGGCAGGGGCCUAGCUGCAGACCCCCGCGCCCGAGGGCGGCGAGUGGCGAGCCGCGGGAGCCGGCGAGGCGUCGGGGCACGGAGAGAAGCGCCCCAGUCCGGGCGCUGGAAGGGCCGCGGGAGCCGUGUGCGGCCUGAGCGCCGAGUAGGAGGUGGAGGCGCCCCGCCGUUCGGGGGAGGCGGUGCGGGGCUCCGCGGCGCCCCCGACCACUGGCCACCAUCCUCACGUUUCUGCUCCCGCGGGGGGGAUGUCGCGGCCCGGGCCACGAGCGCCGCCCCGGCCCCGGGGCUGAGCUCCGGACCAUGUCCUCCCGCAGCCCCCGGCCCCCGCCCCGCCGCUGCCGCCGCCGCCUGCCGCGCCCCUCCUGCUGUUGCUGCUGCUGCCGCCGCUCGCACCUCAACGAGGACACGGGGCGCUUCGUGCUACUGGCGGCGCUCAUCGGCCUCUACCUGGUGGCGGGCGCCACAGUCUUCUCAGCGCUGGAGAGCCCCGGCGAGGCGGAGGCGCGGGCGCGCUGGGGCGCCACGCUGCGCAACUUCAGCGCGGCGCACGGAGUGGCGGAGCCGGAGCUGCGCGCCUUCCUCCGGCACUACGAGGCCGCGCUGGCCGCCGGCGUCCGAGCCGACGCGCUGCGCCCGCGCUGGGACUUUCCUGGCGCCUUCUACUUCGUGGGCACCGUGGUAUCCACCAUAGGUUUCGGCAUGACCACACCCGCCACUGUAGGCGGGAAGGCUUUCCUCAUAGCCUACGGGCUGUUCGGCUGCGCCGGGACCAUCUUGUUUUUCAACCUGUUCCUGGAGCGCAUCAUCUCGUUGCUGGCCUUCAUCAUGCGCACCUGCAGGGAGCGUCAGCUGCGCCGCAGUGGCCUGCUGCCCGCCACCUUCCGCCACGGCUCGGCGCUCUCGGAGGCCGACUGCUUGGCAGGCUGGAAGCCCUCAGUGUACCACGUGUUGCUGAUUCUGGGCCUGUUCGCUGUGCUGCUGUCGUGCUGCGCCUCGGCCAUGUACACCAGCGUGGAGGGCUGGGACUACAUGGACUCACUGUACUUCUGCUUUGUCACCUUCAGCACCAUCGGCUUCGGGGACCUGGUGAGCAGCCAGCACGCCGCCUACAGGAACCAGGGACUCUACCGCCUGGGAAACUUCCUCUUCAUCCUGCUCGGCGUGUGCUGCAUCUAUUCUCUCUUCAAUGUUAUCUCCAUCCUCAUCAAGCAGGUGCUCAACUGGAUGCUGCGAAAGCUGAGCUGUCGCUGCUGCGCCCGCUGCUGCCCUGCACCCGGCGCACCCCUGGCACGGCGCAACGCCAUCACCCCCGGCUCCCGGCUGCGCCGCCGCCUGGCUGCGCUCGGCGUAGACCCCGCGGCCGGCGACAGCGACGCCGAGGGCCGCCGCCUGUCAGGAGAGCUCAUCUCCAUGCGCGACCUCACCGCCUCCAACAAGGUGUCGCUGGCGCUGCUGCAGAAGCAGCUGUCCGAGACGGCCAACGGCUACCCGCGCAGCGUGUGCGUCAACACGCGCCAGAACGGCUUCUCGGGCGGCGUGGGUGCGCUGGGCAUUAUGAACAACCGCCUGGCCGAGACCAGCGCCUCCAGGUAGACUGCCCGCCUGCCUGCCCUUCUUGCUGCGCCAGGGACCCUCGCCAGGCUGGUGUACCACCAGGCGUGGCUUGCUUUUCUUCUCUCAGACGCUGGCGCUUUCUUAAUCUUUAUCCAAUAAAAUGAAACCAAAAAAAAUUUUUUUAAAGAAAUACUA